CUCGCUCCCGCUUUAGGUUUCGGAGUGUCCCGACUUGAUUAAACUCAUCGCAUCCAAAACCUGAGGAGACAUAGAAGUCGGCCGUGGAUCUUCUUCUCGUAGAACCAAGCAGAAGCCAUGGCUGCCCCCGAAGCUCCUGUCUGCUAUGUCGGCGUCGCAAGACAAUCCGCAGCUUUUCGCCUUAUGAAACAGAUGGGGUGGGAAGAAGGAGAAGGGCUCGGCAAAGACAAGCAAGGGAUCAAAGGCCAUGUUAGAGUUAAAAAUAAACAAGACACUGCCGGAAUUGGCACUGAGAAGCAGAACAGUUGGGCUUUUGAUACCACACAAUUUGACAACAUCUUGAAGAGAUUGAAAGUGCAAGCAGUACAAAACACUGAGGAAGCUGCAAAGAAAGAUGGCACUUCGGUGGAAACUGUGGAUGAUGAUCAGGAUCUGGUUGUCAAGGCUACACGACCACAAGGAAGAUAUAAGAGAAGAGAGAGAGGAAAGCUCGUCAAUGCAUAUUCUUCCAAGGACCUUGAAGGGAUCCUUGCAAAAAAGGUGGAGGAAUUACCAGAAACAUGUCCUAAUGCAGUUACGGAACUGGAGUCAUCAGAGGAAUCUGAAAUUGAAGUUAUUGCCAUUGAAGAAAACACAGUCACCAUUUCUCCUGAUUGGUGGGGCUAUAAAUUUGGCUUCAUUUCUGGAGGAUUUUUGGGUGCGGAAUCUAAACGAAGAAAAUCCCUUCAAACCAAUAAUGAGAGAACUGCCUUUCAUGAAGAUGAUCAAGAGAAUCUAUACAAGCUUGUUCAAGAUAAAUCCACAACAGGAAAGCAAGGACUGGGUAUUAAGAGUAGACCAAAGAAAAUAGCUGGCUGCUACUUUGAGGGGAAAAAGACUUCCUUUGAUGAAACUGACGACGAAGACUCUGGUGAUGCCGCCCCUCCUCCCAUGAAACGGAAGUAUGAUGACUCCUUCAGCACACAAAAAUCUGACGGGCAGCAGAAAGUGAAGUUGAGAAAAUUGUGUAAAACAAUUCUUAGCCAAGCACCUGGAGAAUGUUUAAAGCUGAAACAGCUGAAAUCUUUCAUUGAUGAACGCGCCACUUCUGUUUUUGCCAACUGUUCUUCCAAGAAAGAUGCUCUUGCUUACUUGAAACAGAAGCUUGAGAGCAGUGUGAAGUUUUUGGUAGAAGGGAAAAGAGUAACUCUGCGGUCGAAGGAGUAGUUGACAAUUUUGUAGUGUAGUACGCAAUACCUGUGGCGAUGUAUAUUGCAGAGAGAUUAGAGGACAAAUAUUAUAUCGAGCUCUCUUGUGUGGCAACUUGUUUUAAACUGAAUUUUGUUCCGUCAACGAUUUAUUUCUUUAGUCUCAACCUACGGCUGAUUAUAAGUAGGCAGAGGCCAUGAUAGAAAGAUUUAAUAUUUGUAUUAGUAACGCUCUCUAGAUUAUGGUGUUGGAUUCUAAUUUAUAUCAAAAUUUGGCUGCUACAAGUUCCAAU